AUGGUUUCCAUUAAUUCCAAGCAUGCACAUGCACUUCUACUCCUUAUCUCCAUUAAUCUUGCAUUCUUUUUCUUUACAGCACUCUCACAAUCCAACCCCAACAUAUCCAUCGGAAUCGACAACGAAGGGCUGUUUGUCUACGUCUUCUCAGUUGCUGUCGUCCGAGUCGAUAUUCCCGCCUCCAACCUCCAAACUACAUCACUCCAAAACCUAGCCGGCACUGAUCACCGUGAUUCUGCUGCUGGUUCCACCUCCACUUGCUCCGGCGUAAUCCCUGACAUAAGAGCAUGCCAGAGCCAAGGUGUGAAGGUGUUUCUUUCUUUAGACGGUAGCUACUCUGUCUCUCAAGAUGCACAACAAUUUUCCGAUUACAUAUGGAACACCUUUCUCGGUGGCCAGUCGAAUUCCCGGCCGUUUGGUGACGUUGUUUUUGACGGAAUCAAUUUUGAUAUCGAGGCCGGAUCAGGAUCAGACCAGUUUUGGGCUGACGUGGCUACCUCUUUAAAGGUGCACAGCUCAUCAUCAUCCCAGCUGCAGAAAAAGCUCUACUUAUCUGCUGCAGUCCCGUGCCUAUUCCCAGCUGACGCUCAUCUUGGUGCUGGGCUGUUCGACUACGUCUGGGUGCGUUUUUAUAACAAUCGGCAGUGCGAGUAUGGAGCGAAUGCUGUUGCUUUAUUAGCUGCAUGGAACCGCUGGACUACUCAGGUGAUCAACUCCACUCAUAUUUUCUUGGGUCUGCCCGCAGCUCCCGGAGCUGCCCGCAGUGGGUACAUUCCACCGGAUGUUCUUACUUCUACUGUUCUUCCAUUCAUCAAGACUUCUCCCAAGUAUGGCGGGGUAAUGCUGUGGGACACCUUCUAUGAUCAACAAACUGGAUACAGUGCGGCUAUCAAAAACAGUGUUUGA